AUGUCUACGUCCAUUCACAAACCCCAAAAAGCAGAUCAUCUGUGUGUUCUUGUUCACGGGUACGAGGCGCUUCAGGAAGGCUCCACUGAUGCAAGGUUCUCCGAAGACCAAGUCGAGAUUUUGGUAGCGAAGCGCAACGCCGGCAGCUUCACAUACGAUGGCGUCGACACAGGUGGCGAACGAGUCGCAAGCGAAGUUGAGCAAAAGUUAGGGGACCUCAAGAAUGAUGGAAACGAAAUCAAGAAGAUCAGUGUCAUCGGAUACUCACUUGGCGGUCUCGUAGCCCGCUUCGCUAUUGGUCUCCUUUACAGCAGAGGGGUCCACAUCUGGAACAUACUGGGCGCAAGGACACUCUCUAUGAGUGGCAGACAACUCUUUGGCAUCGACAAGUUCAGGGAGACUGGCCGGUCACUGCUUUCUGUCCUGGCGGACUCGAACAGCAUAUUCAUCAAGGGCCUGGCGCAAUUCCAGCAUCGGAGUCUAUACGCAAAUGUCGUCAACGACAGGACGGUGACGUACUACACGGCCGGAAUAUCUCAGACAGACCCAUUCGUCAAGCCCGAAAAUGUCACCAUGAACUAUAUCUCAGGCUACGAUGAGGUCAUACUGGAUGGCGAUAACCCCGUCUCACCAAAAGCUCCCGAAGCUCCACCUGCCUUUACACAACGGCUAGUGUCCACCACCUCGACUGUCAUAGGCCGCGUACCCAUUGUCGCUUUCCUAACAGUCUUCAUCCCUAUCGGCACAACCUUGUUCCUCGUCAACUCCGUAGUCCAAUCCUUCCGCAGCUCGCACCGCAUCCGCCUCCACGAAUCCGGCCAAGCAGGCGUCAACAUCCAACAAUACCGCCUCGGCAACAUGAUCAACGCCGUGCGCCGUGAAGCAGAAGACAUGUUCGAAAACGUCAACAACACACAGGAAUCAGACUACUUGUCCGCGGGCAGCACCGAGGUCGCGUCGCCCACACAGCCCACGUCUCCGGGCCUGACACGCAAAGACACAGAGGCGGCGAUCGAGAAGGAUACUCUCGAUUUCCCCACCUUGGCGUUGACGCAAGAUCAGUUCGGCAUGAUUGAGGCCUUGGAUACGCUUGGCUUCAGGAAGCAUCCGGUGUACAUUCAUCAUCACAGACACUCGCACGCGGCGAUUAUCGUGCGCAUGGAUAAGCCGUCGUUCAACGAGGGGCGUGUUGUUAUCAAGCACUGGCUUGACAACUUCCAGUUAUAG